AUGGCCUCAGCUGCAUUAAAAGUUCUAUCAAGAGCUUCAAAGAAACUCAUCAAACCUCUUUCUCCAACCCCUUUAACUCAAAAAUUGCACAAAUUUUCUCUCAUUGAACAAGCUCAAACACACACUUAUGUACCCUUUGGUUUUUUCUACUACAACAAUCAAUUAGGUGCACUUUGUAAUCAACCUGCCCAAAUAUCAAAACUUCUUGAAAACUCCCUCUCCAAAAAUUUAGUCUCCUAUUAUCCAUAUGCAGGACACAUGAAAGAUAACGCGGAGAUCGAUUGUAAUGACAAGGGUGUUGAGUUCUUGAAUGUCCAUAUUGAUGCACCAAUGUCUCAAGUUCUCAAUGACCAAGAUUGUAAUGUCAAAGAUUUAAUCUUCCCUCAUGGUGUAGCUUGGGAGAACGAUUCGGACUAUGGUUUGGCUGUGAUUCAAUUAACACAUUUCGAUUGUGGAGGAAUUGCAGUGAGUACAUGUUUGUCACACAAGAUUGGAGACGCGUGUAAUGGUUUACAAUUCUCAAUCGAUUGGGCUACAUUAACGCGCGAUCCAAAUGCAAAAAUAAUUCCACCUUAUUAUAUAAGUGACACUAUUUUUCCAUCACCACCAAGUGGUCCUCUGGAUUCCCCUGUUGUUCCAUCAAUAUUAGAUGGAUGUACACAAAAAAGGUAUAUUUUUUCCUCAUCAAAAGUGAGUGAACUUAGGUCCUCUGUUGCUAGUGAAUCACAUGUGAAAAAUCCUACACCUACUGAAGUCCUUAGUGCACUUCUUUUCAAAUGUGUUGCUAAAGCAGUGACCGCGAACUCUGGCUCCUUUGUCCCUUCUAAAUUGAUCCAAUAUGCAGAUUUACGCGGAAUGAUUUCACCAAAGUUACCACCUAACUCUAUUGGCAAUGUUCUGUCUCAUUUUUCGACACAUAUUUCCAAUGAGACAGACAUGAACUUGCCACAAAUAGUUAGUCUCAUGAGGGAAGAAAAACAACUAUUUAGGACUAGAGAUAAUAUCAAAGAAAAUGCAUGGGCAUUGGAGAUUCUUGAAUUAGCUAAAGGAUUGCCACCCAAGAAGAAGGAAUUUGAUGAGUAUACUUGUAGUAGUGUAUGUAAAUUUCCAUUCUAUGACGUCGAUUUUGGUUGGGGCAAGCCAAUGGCUGCAACCAUAGCUACUGGUCCAUACAAUAAAUUGUUCAAUUUGAUGAACUAUAAAGACGAUGGCAUCGAAGCAUUCGUCAUGUUGGAUGAACAAGACAUGUCUGUAUUUGAGCGCGAUGAAGAAUUUCUUGAAUUUGCUUCUCCAUAUGCAAAUUAG